AUGCCGGUGUGUUGUUACGGUUGGGUGUUCCCGUUGCUAGUGCUGGUGCUACAGGCCGACCUGUGUGCGGGUGAUGAUUUUCCGUCGCUGCUAUCCACAAACGCAUCCAUCGCCAUCAUUCUCGAUCGUGAAUAUCUUGGACCGGAGUAUGAGAAAACGCUGGACGAAACGAAAAACAUCGUCGAAAAGUUGAUACGGGAGCAUCUGAAAAAUGGUGGACUGAUCGUGAAGUACUACUCCUGGACGAGUAUCAAUCUGAAGCGAGAUUUUUCGGCCGUACUGUCGGUAUCGAACUGCAAAAACACUUGGGAUAUUUACCAAGAAGCUGUACGCGAGCGACUGGUAAUGUUGAGCAUCACCGAUCCCGACUGUCCACGGCUUCCAACGAGCAAUGCUAUUAUGAUUCCUCGCAGCGACGGAUCCGGUAAUGCGUUCGACGAGGUUUCGCAGAUCAUACUCGACAUGAAGAGUUCCCGGGCGAUCGGUUGGCACACAGCUACACUGCUCUACGAUCAGGCCUACGAUAAUGAAAUCAGCCGUUGCAUACUAUCGCUGCUGGAGGACCGCGAAGGCAUAAAGCCGCUGACGCUGACCGAGUUUAAAAUUAAUGCCCCGACGCACAGUUGGGAAAAACGGAAGGAGAUCCGUAAAACGCUGCUAGCCAUUCCUACCGCUUACACAGGAAGAAAUUUCAUCGCCAUCGUUAACAUGGCUACGCUGACGCUUCUGAUGGAGAUUUCUAAGGAUCUUAAGCUGGUGAAUCCUUUCUCGCAGUGGCUCUACCUGAUACCGAACACCGAAAAGACAAGCACCGAUUUUAUUGCCUUCUCCACCAUCAUAAACGAAGGCGAUAACGUGGCGUUCGUGUACAACUAUGGUAACAAAGGACACAACUGCACCGUCAGUGUACUAUGCUACCUAGAGUCCUAUCUGCUUCAUUUCAUCCGAAGUCUCUCGAAGUUGAUCCGCGAGGAGCAGGUCGUGUUCGGUCAGAUCUCAGACGAAGAAUGGGAAAUUAUUCGCCCGAGCAAGCAGGAACGGAAGGCAAAGAUUUUAAAAAUGAUAAAGACUGCUAUCACAUCCAAGGAUGAGUGUAACAAAUGCUCUCAGUGGAAAAUAAAAUCGGCCGAAACAUGGGGCUACUUAUAUAGGGCAGAUUUUGUUCCAGAUAGCAACGAUAUGCAGGAGCGACGCAAGUACACGAUGCUUGACAUUGGCUACUGGUCACCACAGGACGGUUUUAUGUUAAGCGACGCGUUGUUUCCUCACUCGCAGUACGGAUUUCGCGGUGUGCAGCUCAUCUUCUACAGCUAUCAUAACCCACCGUGGCAGUUCGUGUCUUACAAUGAAUCGGGAGCCCCAAUCAUCUCGAGCGGCGUAGUAUACGACAUACUGACGGAGCUCUCGCGAAAGCUCAACUUCACCUACACUAUGGUCAUCUCGCAGCCAGCCGAAAUUAAUGGGUCAAUCAUAGAGGGAAACACAUCGUCCGUGUAUGAUCUGAAAACUAUCUCGUCCGACAUUCCGCAAGACAUCUUCAGCACGCUAGUUAGCAACAAGAUACUACUAGCUGCGAUUGGUUCAACCGUAAACGAGAAGCAGAAAAAGUUCGUCAGCUUCACUGAUCCUAUCAGCAUCCAGACGUACAGCUUCAUCAUCUCUCGCCCACGCGAGCUGAGUCGAGUGUUGCUUUUCCUUUCUCCUUUUGGUCCUGACACAUGGUUAUGUCUAGCUACUGCAGUCGCGCUAAUGGGACCAAUACUGUGUGUCAUCAAUAAGCUCAGCCCGUACUACGAGGUACACAACAAACCUACAGACAUCGGACUCGGCAAGGUGAACAACUGUUUCUGGUACAUCUAUGGCGCGCUAUUGCAGCAAGGUGGUUUGUAUCUACCGUACGCGGAUAGUGGGCGUAUAAUCAUCGGAACCUGGUGGCUUGUUGUCCUGGUAAUCGUCACAACCUAUUGCGGUAAUUUGGUUGCCUUUUUAACGUUCCCUAAAAUUGACAUCCCCGUCAAUCGAGUGAUGCAGCUGUUGCGCAACGAACGUGGCAUGACUUGGAGCAUUCGCCGUGGCACAUUUCUAGAGGAGAUUCUAAUGGACUCGACCGAACCGAAGUACAUGCAGCUGUACAAGGGCAGCCAGAUCAUCACCGAGCUGACCGACGAUCUUGUGGAACGUAUCGAAGCCGGCACACACGUCCACAUCGACUGGCGAAACAAUUUGCGCUACCUGAUGAAGCGGCAGUUUCUGCGUACCGACCGGUGUGACUUUGCGCUCAGCACGGACGAAUUUCUGGACGAGCAGAUUGCGCUGGUAAUGCCGAAAGACAGCCCCUACCUCGAGCUGGUAAACGAGGAGAUCAAACGCAUGCAUCAGUUUGGGUUCAUCGAGCGCUGGGUAGCGCAGUACCUGCCGGCGAAGGAUAAAUGUAGCGGUACGGGUCGCGUCAUGGAUGUACAGAACCACACGGUCAACAGUUCGGAUAUGGCCGGAUCGUACUGGAUACUGCUGCUUGGGUUCGUCAGUGGUUUGACCGUGUUUCUGUGCGAGUUCGGAUUUAGCCGCUACCGGCAGUAUCGUGCAUCGAAGGCAGCUACCGUCGCUUACAGCAAUUGA